AUGUCAAGCUACUCCCACAUCCGGGACGAAGCCGCAGACGAAUAUUCCCCACACUUCCGCCACCUGCUUUUCCCAUCUUCCCACCUUGCGACUUGUCCACUUUUUCCCUCUUUGGGCCUCGUGCGAUUUGUGCCCAAGUCCAAUCCGUCUCAAAUAUUGAUCGGCGAGCCUGUUGAUGCUCAAGUCGAUGUGGGGUUGGCUGUUUAUCAAGGCAAAGAGGUCUCCGUUCGUCCAUUCUCCGGCUCGUCGGUGCUCGAUCCUGGUCGGGCCACGGGUGCAAUCGAGACCAUUGAGCGAAUUCUAUCGCCUUUGUCACAGAGAGAGGUUGGAUCUAUUCGAUGUGUCGGCUUGAACUAUGUCUCCCAUGCAAAGGAAAUGUCGCUUGCUAUUCCAGAAGUGCCGACGCUGUUCAUCAAACCGUCAACUUCACUAGCAGACCCAUUUCCAGCACCGACUGUGCUACCGAAGAUCACCCAAGAGGAUGGCACUGGCGACUAUGAGUCUGAGAUGGUCAUCGUCAUUGGCCAAGAUGCCAAGGAUGUGACCGAGUCGGAGGCGCUUGACUAUGUCCUCGGAUACACAGCCGCAAACGAUGUAUCAAGCCGCACUUGUCAAAUGAACCAAAGCCAGUGGUGCUUUUCCAAAGGGUUCGAUGGCUCCUGUCCCAUAGGCCCGGCACUGGUUUCUGCAGCCCUGAUGCCCGAUGUGACCAAGUUCCAUAUUCGUGGCCUCAAGAGUGGCCGAGUGAUGCAAGACUGCCCCUUGACUGACUUGAUCUUCAAUGUUCCCCAACUCGUCAGCUUUCUUUCACAAGGAACCACUUUACCUGCGGGUACCAUCAUCCUCACUGGAACCCCGCCUGGCGUCGGCGCCGCGAAGAAUCCCAAAGAAUUCAUCAAAGCCGGGGACGAAUUCGCAGUGGAACUUCUCCCGCACGUUGGCACCCUCAUCAACAGGAUCGAGCAUCAAUAG